GAAACGAAAGCUUUUUGCAUUUUAACUAAAUAAUUAAUUUAAUUAAUCAACAUUUAAGCGGUAUUUUAAAAAGUCGAUAGUAAGUAUCGACAACUUGCACUAUCGAUAGGCAAUUGUUUAUUUUUGUAAACUCUGGAGAGGAUUAGAUCGCAAACUAUGCCACUCACAUAUGUCAUCUUGGGCUCUGGCGGUCACACAGCCGAAAUGUGUAAAAUCAAUCAAGCCUUGUUGGACACUGCCAAUGCAGAGAAUGCCUCUUUAUACCAACCUAUUCGCUACAUUGUCGCCAACAGCGAUGACACCUCCCAACAACAUCUGCUCACCCAGAUGCCUCAAGCAAGGCCGGAUGAUUUUAUUACAGUUCCACGUAGUCGGAGCGUGGGCCAGAGUUGGAUCUCUAGCAUAUUUACUACCCUAUGGGCGCUAGUCUGGAGCUGUUGGCUCAUUUGGCGGGAUCAGCCGCAAUUGCUGCUCUGUAAUGGACCUGGGACAUGUGUGCCCUAUUGCUAUGCGGCUUACUUUUGGCGUUUACUUGGCCGCUUACCUCGCCAUACGCGAAUUGUGUUCGUCGAGAGUUUUUGCCGGGUGGAGAGUCUGUCGCUUAGCGGAUGCCUACUGAUGCCCAUAGCGGAUAUGUUUGUUGUCCAUUGGCCAGCAUUGGCGAAGCGUUACGAGAAUAAACAAAAUUUGCGUUACUUCGGUCGCAUAUUCUAAACGUUUAUUCUUACACAUUAAAUCUAGAAACAAAAAAAAAAAAAA